GAGCGUUGCAAUCGCAGCACCAUUUCGUUUCGCACUGGAGUUGAAGCGCCCUGUUGUUGCCUAGCGGGUUUGUUGGCCACAGUCCCUUGCCUGUACCCAUGUCGGCAACCCUCCCUGACACCUCACGUUAAGUCCUGUACGACCCAAGCUCGCCCUGUGAUUGGACGGACCUUUUUGAAACCACCCAAUGGGCAAACUCGACGGCCAUUGCAUGGCACACUCGGAGGAUUUUCAAGCUGCUCGGCAGAAGGUCAGCGGCAUGCCGCGCGUCGGCGUGGAUGUGCCGGGCGUCUCUCCAAGGAGGGCAUGUCCCGCAGUGACACGAUGCUGGCGUCGUCGUGCAUGGUCAACGGUACAUACAAGCGGUGAUGGCGGAAAAACAGGAGCAGCUCCAGGGCGGCACGGGACCCAUCGCUGGGGUAUCCACUCAACGCGUCACGCAAAGUCGGUCCAAUUCAAAGUGGAUUCGACCCAUGAUCUGCGGACAUCCAGGAAAUGCGGAACGCGACCACGUCGCCGUGCCAAUGUCAUUGCGCCAGUCCAGCAAGAGCAAACUUCCUCCAUCCCGCAGGAAGAGUAAGUAACGUGGGGGCCAGGGCAGUCUCGACGCAGAGUCUGUACACAUCAUCAAGGGCUAUCUCAAGUGGAUCCCCCAAUGCUGAUCAGGUCCCCUGCCGCCGCGAACGCAGCCAACUCUGUCCGUGCAUGGCCUCUCCCACCAUCGGAAGAUGCGAUCCUGUCGAACGUUCGGUUUUUCGUCCUCGCUGGUGCGGAGAUCGUACUUACGCAACAGCAUCCAAGCGCACUUUAGAGAACGUAUAAAAUAUGACCAUUCGAAGUACGAUUC